UAAGCACGGCGAUUGGUCGAGGGUGAGGCGAGCCAGGAUUAAUCGCUGCGGUCACAUUGAGCAGAAGAAAAGUGUUUUAAUAGAGGAACAGAUUUCUUGCGGAGACCGUCCGAUUGUAAGUGACGAUCAAGUUCAGCGCGCAGGUGAAGCUCCGUUGGAGAGCGUCUUAAAGAGGGGAGCGGCUGCUCUCUGGAGGAGGCUGAAAAGACUGAAGAAGGAGUCAAUCGAACAAGCAAACUCUACAUUGUAUCCACAUGGCUGAGCCCAACUUCCCCCCGCUGCCUGGAUUCAUUCCUCUAAAGCCAUGUUUCUAUCAAGACUUUGAGGAGAUUCCUGAGCAGCACCGCAGCAUGUGCAAGAAAAUGUACCACCUGUGGAUAUUGAACAGUGCCACGCUUGCAGUGAAUUUCCUCGGCUGCUUCGCUUGGAUGUUUGGUGGAGGUGGAGUGACCAACUUCGGGCUGUCCAUGAUCUGGCUCCUCAUGUUCACGCCCUGCUCUUACGUGUGUUGGUUCAGGCCCAUCUACAAGGCCUUCAAGAGUGACAGCUCCUUCAACUUCAUGCUGUUCUUCUUUGUGUUCAUGGCCCAAGUUGGCAUCAGCAUCAUCCAAAGCAUCGGCAUCCCGGGAUGGGGAGUAUGUGGUUGGCUGGCUACCAUCUCCUUCUUCAGCUAUAACAUUUUCAUUGCACUGAUCAUGCUGAUCCCUACUAUCAUGUUCACUGCUGUGGCCUCACUGUCUUUCAUCGCACUCACCAGGAUCCACAAUUUCUACCGUGGCACGGGGGCCAGCAUGUCCAAAGCUCAGGAAGAAUGGACCACAGGAGCUUGGAAGAACCCUCACGUCCAGGCAGCAGCCCAGCAGGCCGCCAUGGGGGCAGCCGCUGGAGCCAUGCAGAAUGAGUACUCCAGCCCGCAGUACAGCGACAACCAAAUGUAGCACCUUUAAGACAAGAAGAGUAAAAAAAAAAAAAGGAAAGAAAGAAAGAAUGUGACAGCAAUGCCAAGGUUUGUUUAACACAGGUAAGAAGACCUCAAAGACCUCACCAUCUGAUAUGAUGGAGCAAACUUAUGGCUCCUAACGGGAAGCUGUAUUUUUGUCUCCUUGCAUUGAAGGGCAGAAGUUAUUUGUAGGGCAUAAUGUCAGUUCAUACACUGUUGUUGUUUUGUUUUUUUCUGUUGGGAGUGAAAAUAGGUCUGAAUAAGUAUUACUGUAGUGACUCCAUUAUGAGAGCUAUGUAACGGGUUUACGAAAAGAGAGCAAAAAAAGUCUUCUUUUCUUCAUAUAAGCUAAUUUUUAUUGUACUCGCAAUUUAAUAAUUUAGUAAUAUUAUUAUUCAUGUUACCAGUGUUAGGAUUACACUCAUGAUCCUAGUUUAUAGGACGUUAUUUUUUUGUGUGUUUUGAGCUAAAAGGAGAACCAAAGAUCAACUGUAAUUUUGUAACUUUGUUUUAAAUGAUGCUACUUUACAUGACCUCUUUCUAUGCACAUUAUCAAUGAUUGCACUGUUAAUGAAAGAAUGUCACAAGUAAGUCUUUCUGCAUUACUAUAGGAAACAGUACUAUUGAAAGUGUUCUGGCAGAUUUAAUCAGUAAUGGAAAUGUACUUGAACUUGUUCUCUGAUGUACUUGAUGCUUCCUGUUGACAGUCUACCUGACACUGAUACCAAAUAAAUCAGCUUUAAUGGCUCAAUUCAAUUCAGAAAACAGAAAAACAAGUGGGAUACACGGCUGGUUUCUGUAGUCAGUUGCAGUCUGUUUUAGAAACGUCAAUGUUUUGCACUGGAUGUCUGUUUAGAGCGUGUGUUUUUUUUGUAAAAAUGAAAAUAUUAGCAUUUAUUUACAAGAAAACCUGCCUCUUGUUGUUCGACUGUUUGUCCACAGGGAGGCGCUGACGGUUCUGGUAUGAAAUAAAAAAGCUCCAACAUGUUCACAUUA